AUGGAGAGUACAAAGAGAUCGGAUGGCAUCGAGGGGAGGAUAAAUUCGCAGUCGCAGGUUUCGUUGGAUAUAAGUGCGACGAAUUCGAGUUCGCAGACGGAUUUGAAUAGGAUACGAUCGUAUGCGAAUGAGAAUGCGCGCUCGACAGAUACAUUACAAUUGAGACCGAAUACUCCGAAGGCGAAUAUCGAGUUUGGAUCGAGCUCCAAUAUACAUCAAGGGCAGAGUCCGAGUCCGCGAACAGGUAGCAGGAGUGGAAGCAGGAGUGGGAGUGUUAGUGCCCAAGGGAGCCAGAGAAUUAAAGAGGGGAAGGGACAGAGGAUUGAUAGUAUCUUGGGAGAAGCGAGGAAUAGGAAGAUUGCAAUGGAUACUCCUGGUGAUGUGGAGGAGAGUCAGAGUCCUGGGAGGGGGGUAGAUGGAUAUGAGAAUGAGAUUGGGAAUGGACAUGGACAUGGACAUACAAAUGGUAAAGAAAGCAGAGGGGAAAGUAGCGCAGAUGAAGAAACGAGUGUAUUGAGACGCGGACCCGACAUGAACUAUGGAGGCGUCAGUGGUGGAACUCCAGCGAUCACCGCAGAUAUGAAUAAUGGAGAUAACAGCACGAAGAGGAAACUUGGAGCAAAGGACCCAAACAAGAGAGGAGUAUGGGGGACGGGAAGAGGGAGAGGAUCCUCAGGGUCCGAAGCUGAGGGGGUAGUUACUGAAGAUGGGAGUAGGACGAAGCGAAGCGGAAGGAUAGGAAAAUGGUGGAAGAGAAUGAUGGAUGAGUAUGGAAGUAUUGAGUUGGAAAAUAAGGGCAGUGUUGCGAGGGAUCAUUUGGCACUUGAAAGAACAUUUUUAGCUUGGUUGCGAACUUCCCUCGCCUUCGCUAGUAUCGGGAUUGCAAUCACUCAACUAUUCCGCCUCAAUACUUCAAGCUCCACUACCCCCGCCCCACCAGAGCCUAAAAGCAGUCUCCGCCACCUUGGCAAACCCUUGGGCGCCACUUUCGUAGGAAUAUCGAUUCUCAUGCUCUCAGUAGGUUUUCAUCGAUACUUUGAAGGGCAGUUUUAUAUUAUUAGAGGAAAGUUCCCAGCUAGUAGGGGAAGUAUCGCGCUUGUGGCAAUGAUUACAGGUGCAUUGAUGGUGACGAGUUUGGUGGUUGUGGUGGUGGGUAAUAGGGGGGGAUUCGAGAAGUAA